AUGGAGCAAUUCUUUGACAAGACAUUCAAGACGCCCAACAACGUCAUAUGGGACAACGAUCAACUGCUGGACUUUGUUCGAAGAGGAUCACAGUUCAUUCACACCAACUACACUCUGACCCAACCAUUACAGAUCGAUAUUGAUAGCUUUAUCUUGGAGACUAGUAUCCGUGAUACCAUUGCAAAAUGCAUUCAAAUUCAAACGGCUCCAAGGGUUGAACAUCGUUUCAGGAAUCACAUCUUCUCUUUGGGUCGAGACUCUUGCUCAAUCUAUGCGCUGGACACUGGUGAGUGGACUGUGCUCAAUGACAAGCACACAACAAGAGAUUGCAUAUUCAGAUCGGUUGAAUACGCAAGAAGCAAAGUCUAUGUGUUUGGAAGUCGUGGAUCACCGAACACAUACUCUCGCUACUCACUCGUCGAUCAAAAGUGGCUCGAUGACAUUGAGAUCAUCGGUGUCGAUGGAGGUGAAAGCAUAUCAACAUGCUACGAUGGUAACAAGCUCAUCUACUUGGUUGGUGGAUGCAACGAUGGCAAUAUGCUGGACCGAGUCGAUUGUUUCAACAUUGAGACGGAACAGUUCACCAACAUUGGACGACUCACAUCGCCAGUCAUUGAUUCACAUUCUAUCUAUCAUGAGAACAAGAUCUUUGUCAUUGGUGGCUUUGUGGAUGCUCAGUCCACGGUCUCCCUCGUGGACAUCCUGUCGUUUGACAUUCUCAGCAAGAAGUGCGACGAACCCAUCCCAACAACAUAUACUCAAGAUGAUAAGAUCGCCUCAUGCUACACUGGAAAGGGUCAUACGAUGAUUGUUGGAGGCAACACAGCCACCUGGUUCCAAUUGGCCUUGGCCAGCACACGAGCCCAUCGUUUAGCUCACGGACUAUGA